AUGUUCCUCACAAUGUCCACGACUAGUGGCACUUCUCUGCAAUGGACUCCGGAACGAAUUGCUGAUAAUAGGAGGUUUCCAGCCAUAUUCCGGCGGCACUCGUCAACCACUUUGGAACCAGGUCCCGAAGUAGAAACGGACAAGCCAUUCGGGUUGAAAGAGGAGUUCACACGCGAUAAAUUAGGUGAAGGAAGGAACGCGGAAAUGUUGGAGCACUUGAAUCUUGUGGACGUGUCGGGUGGCCGCACUAAGCCGAAGGACUGUUUGAGUAGGUCCGAUGCGCUCUCAAUUGAAUCUGAAGUCACAUGA